UAGUAUCCUGGAGGUUGCCCAACGGCAAAGGCAAUCAAACUACAUUUAAUUACAGUAACUAACUAUGGACUAUUAAAGCGACAUAAGAAGACAUACCUGAUACUGUUAUUUUAAAAAGAAUGUGUUCAAACUUGGGGUGGGGGUCACUUUCAAAACAAUGAUAGACAUGAAAUUAUAGCUUGGUCGGUCAGUUACAGUGACAGCGACUAUGUGUUCCAUGACCAGUCUGCAUUCGUGGCUCAGUCCUCUGAUUCGGGGAGGUAAAUUUUAUAAAGUCUGGAGCCGUUUCACCUGCAAACCUAGAGGAUUGAUCUACCUAACGGAUACACGUCGUUUCACAAUAGUAAAGGACCCUUCCAGCUCCACUGUGGAAUUCAACUCUCGUAAUAAGAAAUACAGAAGUCUGGAGAGGUCUUUCAAGAGAAGAUUAAGGGCCAUAUACCAGAGGUUCUCUGAAGGCCCAGACAAUACAACGAUCCAGGGGCUUAACCACGUGUACUUCAUAGAGGGGGAUGGCAUCUAUAGAAUGGACACCAGGCAGGGUGACCCAGAGCCAGAAAGGGUGUUGUGUCUGGACUCCGUGGGGAAGGGAGAUUGGAGCCUCCAAAGGUUGCGUCUCUCCCCCAAUGAGCAUGCCCUGGCAGCCACAGUGAAGACCCCCCACAGAGAGGAGGCCAGGUGUGUCCUGGUCAAGCUAGGAGACAGAGAACCUACCCUGGACCCACCUCAACCUCUACUCACCAUUGACAAGGUUUUCAGCGUCGAAUGGGCUACAGAUGACAUCCUAUUCUACAGCAGUCAGCAGAAACUCCAGUGUCACCAUGUGUUCCGUCUGGACCUGACUGCCACUGGGACCAGAAGCACCCUGGUCUACCAGGAACAGCAGCCUGAUGUGUUUGUUGAGGUGAGUCUUUCCAGAGACCGGAGGCUGGUGCUUGUUAACUGCAGCAGUAAGAGGAGCUCUGAGGUGUGGCUGAUUGACAGCGCCAAGCCCCUUAAGAAGCCCACCCUGGUCCAGGCCCGCCUCCCUGAGCUGCUGUACCAUGUAGAGCACUCCCACGGCCAGCUGUACAUCUUGGCCAACACUGGACCUGGACAAGAGUACCAGGUGUUGAGGGCACCUCUCUCAUCCCCCUCCAUCAAACACUGGGUCCCAGUGUGUAGCCCUGGUCCUGGGACAGCUGUGAAGGACAUGGAGGUGCUCCAGGACCACUGUGUGUUGGCCACCAGAGACCCCUUAGGCCUGCUAGCACUCCAGGUGGUCCCACUAUCUCAGCCAGCAACCACAUCCACCCUGCAGCUGCCACCGUGGGCCUGUGCCAUAGAGACCAAGAGGGCUGGGCUGACGCACAGUGGCUGGUUGGAGUUCCUCCUGUCGUCUCCAGUCCACCCCCCUGUCCUGUACCGCUACUCCCCCAGGGAGUACAGGCUCCUCCUACAGGAGGACACAGAGGAACACAGAACCCCCCAGGAGUAUCAAACCACCCGACUAGAGGCCCCCAGCCAGGACGGUACCAUGGUGCCACUGACUCUCUUCCACAGACCUAUGUUGGAGGAGCUGAGGGGUGCUCCAUUGCUGGUGCAUGUGUAUGGGGCCUAUGGCAUGGACCUUAACAUGGACUUCAGCCCAGACAGAAGACUGCUGCUUGAGGAUGGCUGGGCUCUGGCCUACUGCCAUGUCAGGGGUGGAGGUGAGCGUGGCCUGGGCUGGCAUAGACAGGGUCGUAUGGAGGGCAAACCGAGAGGAGUGGAGGACCUGGCUGCCUGUAUCCAAAGGCUCUAUGACCUGGGGGUGUCGAGACCCUCUCUGACCGCCCUCACCGCUCGCAGCGCUGGGGCCGUACUGGUGGGGGCGCUCUGCAACCUACAUCCCCACCUCAUACGAGCUGUCACACUACAGGCACCUUUCCUUGAUGUGCUGGGCACUAUGCAGGACCCCAGUCUGCCCCUGACGCUGGAGGAGAGGGGGGAAUGGGGGGACCCCAUGUCAGACCGCUGCCAAAGGGACACUAUCGCCUCCUACUGCCCCUGUCAUAACAUUACACCUCAGCACUACCCCUCCAUGCUGCUCACAGCCUACAUAGAAGACAACAGAGUGCCUGUAGCCGGAGUACACAAGUACGAGGAGAGACUUCAGGAAGCAAUUCACACACACCUCAAUGGUCACCCUGUAUCUGAAUCUGAGCCCACACCCAGUGUCAUUCUGGACCUUCAACCGGGAGCAGACCACUUUGGCCCAGGGGACUUUGAACUGUCUCUGACUGAGAGUGCUCGACAGCUGGCCUUUCUCCACACAGAGCUGGGCCUGAACCAGCAGAAGACCAAAAACAGGCGGAAGUAGGAGAACUCAUCAGAGCCAUAUAGAGAUACAUGUGUGGUUGACCCAUGGAGGAUUGAGUCAAAUAAAAUAAACAUUUUGGGGGUACGAACUCAAAAUAUAAAGAUAACAAUUUCAAUUUUUUUUUACUGAGUUACAGUUCAUAUUAGUAAAUUGAAAUUAAUUAAUUAGGCCCUAAUCUAUGGAUUUCACAUGACUGGGAAUACAGAUAUGCAUCUGUUGGUCACAGAUACCUUUAAAAAAUUAGGGGGGAAAAAAUUCAGAAAACCAGUCAGUACCCACCAUUUGCCUCAUGCAGCGUGACACAUCGUCUUCGUAUAGAGUUGAUCAGGCUGUUGAUUUUGGCCUGUGGAAUGUUGUCCCCCUCUUCAGUGGCUGUGAGAAGUUGUUGGAUAUUGGCAGGAACUGGAACACGCUGAUGUACAUGUCGAUCCAGAGCAACCCAAACUUGGGAUGGGUGACAUGUCUGGUGAGUAUGCAGGCCAUGGAAGAAGUGGGCCAUUUUCAGUUUCCAGGAAUUGUGUACAGAUCCUUGCAACAUUGGCCUGUGCAUAAUCAUGCUGAAACAUGUGAUGGCGGAGGAUGAAUGGCACAAAAAUGGGCCUCAGAAUCUCGUCACUAUAUCUCUGUGCAUUCAAAAUGCAAUUGUGUUCAUUGUCUGUAGCUUAUGCCUGCCCAUACCAUAACCCCACCAUGGGGCACUUUGUUCACAACGAUGACAUCAGCAAACUGCUCACCCACAAAAAAGCCAUAACGAUGUCUGCCAUCUACCUGGUACAGUUAAAACCAAGAUUUAUCCGUGAAGAGCACACUUCACCAGUGAGCCAGUGGCCAUCAACGGUGAGCAUUUGCCCACUGAAGUCGGUUACAGACCCUUGUGAGGACGAGGAGCAUGCAGAUGAGCUUCCCUAAGAUGGUUUAUGAAAGUUUGUGCAGAAAUUCUUUGGUUGUGCAAACCCACAGUUUUAUCAGCUGUUCACACUGCAAAAUUUUCUAAAAUGAUGUUGGUGGCUUAUGGUAGAGAAAUGAACAUGUAAACACUCUGGUGGACAUUCAUGCCAAUUGCAUGCUUCCUCAAAACUUGAGACAUCUGUGGCGUUGUGUAACAAAAUACUUUUAUUGUCCUCAGCACA